AUGGCUUCCGCCGUCGCUUCCAAGGGUGCCGCGCUGCCCAGCUUCCCCAAGAAGCUGCUCGCCGAGCCGUCCGCGUCCGGUGCGCCCGUGGCCUUCUACGCGCCUCGCCCCGCCGCGGUCAGCCCCGCCCGCGGCCCGAACAGCACCCAGGGCAAGGAGCCCCGCUGGUACGACGACGACUCCAGCGACAGCGAGGACGAGGACGCCGACGCCGGCUACCGCCGCCCCGCCCGCGCCCGCGACUUCGUCGUCCCCAGCUUCCCCUCGCAGGAUGUGCUCGACCCGGUAGGCAUCCCGGCAUGCGUGGACCGUCUGUACGCUCUGAUGGAGGACGGUGCCGCCCCGCCCGGCCUCUCCUCCGCGGCAGGGGCGCCGCGGCGGGGGUGGUGGGUGGAGAAGGACGACGACGACGCGGUGUACCUGACGGUGCCGAUGCUGGGGCUCGGGAAGUAG